CCACAAAUCCAUCCAUCAGUUCAUUCAUCCUAGUCAUUAUAGACAAUUGUGUGUUUCCAAAUUUUCACACACUGUCACAGGUGUCCACAUACUUUUGGCCAUGUAGAGUAUUUUCUGUCCCUCUCUGAUCUGUUAUGCACCAGCUAUCUCUGGUUUAGGAUUUUUUGUUCUUUGUGAAGCUGCUGAUUCUGUCACCACUUAUUAUAUUUUAGGACUGUUGAUGUGGUGGUGAGGCUGAUCGCUGUAUCAGAGUUAAAAGGAUCUGAGAGAAGGAUAGAGAAGAGAGAAAUGAAACAGGAACAGUGUGAUUGAAACAGGAAGAGCAGGACUUCCCACAGCUCUUCAUUUCGCCUGGUUAGACAUGCGGCUUAUAUAUAAAGACAGUUCCAGACUGUUAAAUGAACUGAAGCUGCUCAAUGAGCCGAAAGCCGAAGCUGCUGUAGUGACCGUAGUGUAACGCGACAGACGGGAUUAAAAACCAUGCUGUGCUGUGAAGUCUACGCAGAGGUGAGACCGGAGAUCUUCUCCACCGAGACGAAAAGCCAGAACUCAGACCGGACCAUGGACCUAGGGCUGGCUGAGGACCAUUUCUCGCGACCUGUGGGUUCUUUCGUGGCGUCGGACAUCGAGCAGCUGAAGCAGGCUAUAGAGGAGUGUAAGAAACUCAUCUUGGAGCUACCAGAACAUUCCGAGAGACAGAAGGACACCGUGGCCAAACUCAUCCACCUUCGCCUCAAACUCCAGGAACUGAAGGACCCGGAAGAAGAUGAGCCCAACCUGCGCAUCCUGCUGGAGCAUCGCUUCUCUAAGGAGAAGAGCAAGAGUGUCAAACAGACGUGCGACAAGUGCAGCACCAUCAUCUGGGGUCUUAUUCAGACCUGGUACACAUGCACAGGUUGUUACUACCGUUGCCACAGCAAGUGCAUGAAUCUCAUCACAAAGCCGUGCGUGAGGUCUAAAGUGAGCCACCAGUCGGAGUACGAGCUAAACAUCUGCCCAGAGAACGGUCUGGACAAACAGGAUUACAGAUGUGCGGAGUGCCGAGCUCAGAUCUCACUCAGAGGUGUCCCGAGCGAGGCGAGGCAGUGUGACUACACUGGACAGUACUACUGCAGCACCUGCCACUGGAAUGACACCGCCAUCAUCCCUGCACGUGUCAUUCACAACUGGGAAUUUGAGCCCAAAAAGGUGUGUCGCUCGUCCAUGCGUUAUCUGGCUCUUAUGAUCUCCCGACCUGUGCUGAGGCUGAAGGAGAUAAACCCACUGCUCUUUAACUUCGUGGAAGAGCUGGUAGAAAUCAGGAAGCUACGCCAGGAUAUAUUACUGAUGAAGCCCUACUUCAUCACCUGUAAAGAGGCCAUGGAGGCCAGACUGCUGCUGCAGCUUCAAGAUCGACAGCACUUUGUAGAGAACGACGACAUGUACAGCCUGCAGGACCUGAUCGACAUCUACAGCGGCCGGCUCAGCUGCUCUCUCACUGAGAUUCACACCACCUUCGCCAAGCACAUUAAACUCGACUGUGAGCGAUGCCAAGCCAAAGGUUUCGUGUGUGAGCUGUGUAAGGAGGGGGAUAUCCUCUUCCCGUUCGACAGCCACACCUCAGUGUGCCAAGAAUGCUCUGCUGUUUUCCACAGGGACUGUUACUAUGACAACUCUACGACGUGUCCACGAUGCGCCCGGAUGACGGAGCGGAAGCAGGAGGAGCUUGCGGAGCUUUAGAGACGCAGGAAGUUAGCGGGCGCUAACAGACUUUCACUGUGACGGCACUACAGUCAGUGCUAAGCCUGGCAUUGUGAGCAUGCUUACGUUACUGACACAUUCCUGGUGUUCAGUGUGCUUCUCUCUAUCGGCUGUUUCUUAUUCUCCCGUGCUUUUCGUGUCCCGCUCGCAUCUCUGUAACACUACAGCACCGGUGAAGGAAGGAGAGACACUGAUUGACGUGCGGUAGAAAACGGAACACUACGAGUGUUAUAAAGAUUUUAACAGGUUCAACACUGGUAUAAAAACUCUCCCAUCAUCUUAUUAAUGAGACUGUUUAAGGUGCUUUCACACUUUUUAUAUUCGAAGGCAGUUUAGAGACAGCUUGGAGACUUGAGCUGUUUGUGUGACAUCAGAGUUAAAGUCUCUUACUGGUGGAACAUACUGGUGGAAACAGAGAGAUGGGGAGAGAGAGGGAGAGAGAGAAAGACAGGCAGGCAGAGAGAGUCAGACAGACAGAGAGAGGGAGAGACAGAGAGAGGGAGAAAGACAGACAGAGGGCAGAGAGACAUAGAGAAGGAGAGAGAAAGACAGAGAGAGAGAGGGAGAGAGAGAAAGACGGGCAGACAGAGAGAGUCAGACAGACAGAGAGAGAAAGACAGACAGAGGGCAGAGAGAGAGAGAGAAAGACAGACAGAGGGCAGAGAGACAGAGAGAGACAUAGAGAGGGAGAGACAGGGAGAGUCAGACAGAGAGAGAGUCAGACAGAAAGACAUGUGAGAGAGACAUACAGACGGGGGGGAGGCAGACAGAGAGUGAGAGAGAGACCGACAGACAGAGAGAGGGGGGAGAGCGAGUCCUGCUCACAGUUAAAGUCUCUUACUGGUGAAACAUCCUGACAAAUAGACACCAUUACCACCUGAUCAAUCGAUUUAAAACCACUUUUCUUUCCUGAAAUGUUUAAGAUGCCCUUCUUGCCAACUGCUGAUGAAGUAUUUCCACAAAACCUCUUAUAUUUUUCCGCAAACAAGUCUAAAUUGUCGAGCGAAUAUGUUCUUCCAUGUUCGUUUUCCUUUCCUUUUCCAUAUUUUGCCACCUGAUCGGUCAGAAGGACAACAAAGGGCUUUGUAAAAGUGGCCAAAAAGUGUGAAAGCACCCUUAUACAUAUAUAUUAAAGCUGUUUAUUAUAGUACAGUAUAAUAUAUUUCUGUAUUUAUCUCUGCAUUGUAGUUCCAGGGACCUGGCAGUGUGUGAUGAAACGGAUUUUUUCUUUGCCAAACAUUUAUCAAAAUACAGACAGGUAAAUUGUAUGCCAAUUAAAGCGAAGGAGGAAACGAGGUCUCUGUACACCACGCCGUGUACGUCUCUGAGGCUCUCAGAGUCAGUAUGCUCUCGUUUUGAGGCAGGCGAUGCCUCAGAAUGUAACGGUUUAUUUUAACUCUUUAUUAUUUGUUUUAAAAUAAUAUGGAAUAUGCUGUGUUAUCUUUCAGCAUGCCACUUUUGUUUUCAUGCUGUGGUAUAACAGACGUCGUGGUGUCGAGUGUUGUGAAGUUCUUGUCAUCUGUGCAAUGUAAACGUGAUGCUUAUGAAGAACACGAGUGAAAUAAAGGACUGUACAUAUGUC